CCUACUAUACCUGAGGAGUAUACACCAUUCAUCAAUGAGUUAUGGAUACACGCUCGAAAACAUUAAGACGGCCCGAUUUCAAUAGGGUUCUCGUCGCGUUGGGCAACAAGAAAGAGGCAAUACAAAAACCUAGCCUCGCGACGAGCAAAAGUCUCAAAACCAAUUUAGUAGGGAACACAGACAGCGACAAGGAAAAUACUGCUUUCGAUGUUGCGUUCCAACAGCACCUCGAAAAGCUCCAGACAGAGGAACGGAACACUUUUAAGAAUGCUUACGACCAGAUAACCCCAGAGGCUCUCCUCGACAAAGUCAAACUCUUUGACGAAGCCCACAAUAAAGGGUCGUUUGCCCGCAAGCGCAUUGGACCACUGGAGAAGUUCCUCACUGUUCUCGACGGACUCGUGAAAAGUGUCUCAAUUGGCAUACAGGCCUACCCGGACGUAUCCUCUCUCAUAGUUGGAGCAGUCAAGCUUGUGGUCGACCUUGCGCUGAGAUGGGUGACGUUCUUCAACAAAUUUGCGGACAUGCUAUGUCAGUUCUCCGAGUACCUGCCCAGCUUGGAGAAGUAUGCCAAAUCCUGCGAUGAGAGAAUUUUGCAAGACGCCCUUGCGAAUGUUUACGGAGACCUUCUCGAUUUUUGUAAGAGCGGGCGUUCUAUAUUUGUACACGAAGACGGCUCUAAGAAAAAGCACGUUUCCCUAAGGAGUCUCCUCCGCGUUCAGUGGGAGCCUUUCGAGAUCCGUUUCGGGGAUAUCAAACAGCGCAUCGUCAACCACAUCAAUCAAACUUUCUACAAUGGAUUUCAAAGGUGAAUUUUGAGGAAUCACAUGACAGAAUAUUCGCCAGAAGACACCCCAACACCGCUCAGUGGAUUUUCCAAACACCGGAGUUCGAAGAGUGGUUCAGCAACACUUCACC